GCGGCGUCGACGAUCUGCACACGUCCGCGAACGCGCGCGAAGAGUUCUUUGCGACGCACGCGUACGCAUUCACCUCGAGCGAGCGGUUUCCUGCGCUCGAAGGACGCGCGCGGCGGUCGCAUCCGGCGCGAGGUGGACGCGCGACGAGAGUUCGUUGGCCACCUUCGGCACGCGAGGUAGACGUCGAACGCGUCUCGCGUCCGUCGCGCGCGCGUGAGAAACGACGCGCGCGAUGUCCGCCGCGGCGUGCACCGCGCACGCUGCGGUCGCGUCGCGCAUAACUUCCGGGAUGCGCGCGUCGUCCGGGCGUUCGAGCGAUCGCGUCCGCGCGGACGGCGCGCGCACCGGGCGCGUCGCCGCACGGGAAAAAAACCAUAUCCGCUUCGCGAGGCGAGGGGUGCGAUGCCACGCCCUCGGGCGGUCGCCGUCGCCGUCGCGGAACGCCGGGGAUAAGGCGCCGAUCAAGACGAUCGGGGCGGAGGGUAGAGGCAAGGGCGUCGCUCCGAAGGCGGCGAACUCCGAGCUAGUCGCGGAGGACGAGGCCACGUCCACGUCGGGGGAUCUGCCGUCGCAGCUCUGGACGGAUGAGAUGUCGGCCAAGGUGGCGCAGCUGCAGGCGGCGCUGGCGGAGGUUGACAUAGACGCCGGCGUGUCGGACUCGGAGGACGUGAAGAUCCGGAAACGACUAGAGGACGGGUAUAACAUGGAGACGCCUAAACCCGUCGCGCCGCCGACGUCCGCGGCGACGGCGACGGCGCCGAGGACGAUGAAGACGGUCCUCGCGCCCGGCGACGCCGACGCGCCCGCGCGACGGGGACGACCGAAGGGCUCGAAGAACAAGAUCGCGAAGAAGCGCGGUCAGAGCGCCGCCGGAACGGGAUCGGCGGCGGACGGGAAGAGCGCGACGAUUUCGUCGAGCGCGACGACGCGCGCGGGGAACGUCGUCCGGAAGACGACGAAGAGGGACCCGUCGACGUCGCGGAGGCAAACGGACAGCAUGAAGACCUACCUCAAAGACAUCGGCUCCGUGUCGCUCCUCACGGGCGAGCAAGAGGUUGAGCUCGCGAUGCGCAUUCAGGACCUCGUCUACCUGGAGGGCGUGAGAGAGCAGCUCGAAGAGGAGGCGAAGAGGAGGAAACAGACGAGCGAGGUGAGCAAUUUCGACUGGGCCAUCGCGGCGAACGUCACCGAGCGCGAGCUCAAAGAACGGCUCGACGCGGGAAAACGUGCGAAGAACCAGAUGAUCCAGGCGAACCUUCGAUUGGUCGUCUCCAUCGCGAAGCGGUACGCGAACAAGUCGAUGUCGUUCCAGGAUCUCAUCCAGGAAGGCUGCGUCGGGCUCAUUCGCGGCGCGGAGAAGUUUGACUUCAAGCGCGGGUACAAGUUCUCCACCUACGCGCACUGGUGGAUCCGACAGGCUGUGACGCGUUCCAUCUCGGACCAGUCGCGGACGAUCCGACUCCCCGUGCACCUCUUCGAGAUCAUCUCGCGCAUGAGCAAAGUCGAGAGGCAGCUCGUGAUGAAGUACGGUCGAGACCCGACCACGGAGGAGAUCGCGGAGGUGAUGGACAUGACGGUUGAGAAGAUCAACCAGAUUCAAAAGGCGUCGCUCGUGCCCAUAUCGCUGUCGCAGAGCGUCAACGACGACGACUCGCGCACCGUGGAGGAGACGCUCGUGGACGACCACGCGGAGCACCCGGACGACGCCACGGGGAAGGUGUUGCUCAAAGAAGACCUCGAGAACGUUUUGAACACGCUGUCGCCGAGGGAGAGGGACGUCCUGCGGCUGCGGUACGGGAUGGACGACGGACGCGUCAAGACGUUGGAGGAGAUUGGCAACGUGUUCAGCGUGACGCGGGAACGCAUUCGGCAGAUCGAGGCCAAGGCGCUUCGGAAGCUGCGGCAGCCGUCGCGGAACGGGAUCUUGCGGGAGUACCUCCCGAACGAUCACGACGCGGUCAAGGGUGACGUCGGGGACUCCGUGGACGUCGCGUGAGCGAGCGAGUUUGUCCCGUGGGUCCCCCGCGCGUCGACGACGACGACGGAGAAGAAGAGGGCGGACGGACGGCGAUCCGUCUCGUCGCGUGUUGUUCGCGCCGCCGCCGAAAUCGGCGGCGUCGCGCUGUAUCACCUACUACCAUUCUUUGUCUUGUAUUAGAGACGAAUCAAACCAAACC